AUGGCCGGUUCUUCUUCCAAGAGCCUCGAGCAGGAGGAUCACCAGCGUGAUGCCGCCUUCAACAAAGCCCUGCAUGGCAAGUCGGCAGAGGCUACUGGUGGAAUUAAGGCCAUGUUCGCCAAGGACAAGGAGGCGAAGCAGCUCGCAGUUGACGAGUACUUCAAGCACUUCGACAACAAGACGGCAGCUGAGGAGACAGAGGCAGACAGAGAGGCACGGACAAAGGAGUACGCGACAUUGACGAGGCACUACUACAACCUCGCGACCGAUCUUUAUGAAUACGGAUGGGGCCAGAGCUUCCACUUCUGCCGCUUCUCGCAUGGCGAGACAUUCUACCAGGCCAUUGCCCGCCAUGAACACUACCUUGCCGCCCAGAUUGGCAUCAAGCCAGGCAUGAAGGUCCUCGACGUUGGCUGCGGAGUUGGUGGCCCGGCCCGCGAGAUUGCAAAGUUUACCGACGCACACAUCACGGGUCUGAACAACAAUGACUACCAAAUCGACCGUGCCACCCAGUAUGCCGUCAAGGAGGGGCUCUCGAAGCAGCUGAAGUUCGUCAAGGGAGAUUUCAUGCAAAUGUCCUUCCCCGACAACUCCUUUGACGCCGUCUACGCCAUCGAGGCGACGGUGCACGCGCCCAAGCUCGAGGGCGUCUACGGCGAGAUUUUCCGGGUCCUCAAGCCCGGCGGCGUGUUUGGCGUGUACGAGUGGCUCAUGACGGACAACUACGACAACGACGACGUCGAGCACCGGAAGAUCCGGCUGGACAUCGAGCUGGGCAACGGCAUCUCCAACAUGGUGCCCAUCUCCGAGGGCGUCAGCGCUAUGAAGAAUGUCGGGUUCGAGCUCCUCCACCACGAGGACCUUGCGGACCGGCCUGACCCCAUGCCCUGGUACUGGCCGAUCGCCGGCGAGAUGCGGUACAUGCAGUCGUACAUGGACCUCUUCACCAUCCUCCGGAUGACCCACUGGGGUCGGCGCAUGAUGCACAACGUUGCUGGUGUUUUGGAGUUUGUGGGUAUCGCCCCCAAGGGCACCAAGAAGACGGCCGAUUCCCUGGCUACCGGCGCCGACGGCCUUGUCGCUGGCGCACAGCGUAAACUGUUCACGCCAAUGUACCUGAUGGUUGGCCGGAAGCCUUUGUCCUCUUGCCUCACACCCUUCUCUCGAACCUCACAGAACCUCGCAAAGCCUGCAUCCGUGUUCAGCCUGCAGUCGAGGACAUACGCCGAUGCCUCGGGCACCAAGGAGUACACAGUCCGUGAUGCCCUGAACGAGGCCCUGUCCGAGGAGCUGGAGGCGAACUCCAAGGUCUUCGUGUUGGGCGAGGAGGUUGCGCAGUACAACGGUGCAUACAAGGUCACCAAGGGCUUGCUGGACAGAUUCGGUGACAAGCGGGUCAUCGACACACCCAUCACCGAGGCCGGCUUCUGCGGCCUGGCUGUUGGUGCCGCACUGAGCGGUUUACACCCCGUGUGCGAGUUCAUGACCUUCAACUUCGCCAUGCAAGCCAUCGACCAGAUCGUCAACUCCGCCGCCAAGACUCUCUACAUGUCUGGCGGCAUCCAGCCGUGCAACAUCACCUUCCGCGGCCCCAACGGCUUCGCUUCCGGCGUCGCCGCGCAGCACUCGCAGGACUACUCGGCGUGGUAUGGCAGCAUCCCCGGCCUCAAGGUCGUCUCCCCGUGGUCCGCUGAGGACGCCAAGGGUCUCCUGAAGGCGGCCAUCCGCGACCCCAACCCGGUCGUCUUCCUGGAGAACGAGCUCCUGUACGGCCAGGUGUUCCCCAUGUCCGAGGCGGCGCAGAAGGACGACUUCGUGCUCCCCAUCGGCAAGGCCAAGGUCGAGCGGGUCGGCAAGGACCUGACCAUGGUGACGCUGUCCCGGUGCGUCGGCCAGGCGCUUGUGGCGGCCGAGAACCUAAAGAAGAAGUACGGCGUCGAGGUCGAGGUCAUCAACCUGCGCAGCAUCAAGCCGAUCGACGUCGAGGCCAUCGUCAAGUCGGUCAAGAAGACGCACCGCCUCAUGGCCGUCGAGUCCGGCUUCCCGGCCUUUGGCGUCGGCUCCGAGAUCCUGGCCCUGACCAUGGAGUACGCCUUCGACUACCUUGACGCCCCCGCCCAGCGUGUCACCGGCGCCGACGUCCCCACCCCGUACGCCCAGAAGCUGGAGGAGAUGAGCUUCCCGACCGAGGCCUUGAUCGAGCAGCAUGCGGCGAAGCUCCUGCGCUUGUUGUAA